AUGACAUCUUUCUGGGAGAUGAUGGGUGUUGGUGUUGAUGCUGGGCCAAGUACUGAACAGAUAAUAACAGCAUUACGUAGAAGUAGAAGCGAAGGGUGGUGUCGUGAAGAUCGCAUGCGGCUUGGAUACCUUGCCAUAUUCACUAGAUUCAUUGAAGGGAUAAAGUACUUGACCUCUACACGGGUUAGUCUUGUAAGGCUGGUGAUGAAUUUAGAUAAAUUUGAGAAUUAUCCUUUGGGGAGAGUGGCGUUUAAGGUGCUGAUGGAGUCUCUGAAGGAAAAUAAUUUGGAAGCAAAUUCAUACACUGUUGAUGGGUUUAUUCAAGUUCUCCAGGUGUGGCUGUACUAUGCUCUGCCAGAAUUGGGAGCUACUAUGGGGCAGCCCAUUCCAAACAGUCCGUCUCCACCCUUGUUGGCUUACAAAGGUGCCAAAGGACGCAGAUGUUUUAAAGAGGCUAUCUGUAGACAGACUAUCGUGAUCAACUUUGUUCGGAAGGACUUUGGUGAAAUGUUACCACGAUGGGACUACGAUGCAGAGGAUAAGACCGUGGAGAACAUGAUUAAACUCAUGGAAGAGACUCCUAAAAAUGUUUGUUCAGAGGCUCGUUCAGAGGCUGGUGGGAUCACCAAAGAGCAGGUUCUAGAAAGCUUGAAAGACUUAGCUGAUGCCAUGAGGGAUGGGUUUAGGACGUGCCUUGGGGAGAUCAAGUUCAUGGGGGAGAGGAUGGAAGCUGUGGAGAAGAAGGUGGGAAUCACCAAAAAAGGGACUUCAUUUAAUGAUCUUCAAAUGCCAGCUUCAGGUCCGCCAAAACCUGCAAACGAACCCAGGGUUAGUACCAAAACCUCUCCCAAAAUCAAAGAGAAAAGAUGCAUUAGGCUAAGUGUUAGGAAUCAGAACUGA